CCGGCGCCCGCGGUUCCGCCCUCGCGUCCCUCCUCCUUGGCAACCGACGCCCGCGCCCCGCCCCCUCCACGAGCAGCGCCGCGGCUGCCAAGCUGCUGCGGACCGGCGUUCCAAGACACCAGAGACCCGCGGGCCACUCGGCACCUAGGCGGCUUCCAGUCCUGCGAACACCUGCAGAAGCGAGGGACUAGCGCCGCAGUCUAGGGCCCACUGCGUCCUGCUGCGCAGGGACGUCCACCGGCACCCUCUGGAGUAGUGGAUUUCGUAUCCUGCUGCUGGGCACAUUCUGAAUGCUCAGUUGGGUUCCAGCAGCAGUAGAUAAGGCCCUCCCAAGUGACUGCCAGCCAGCUCCUCUGCCAUCCCCCCUUCCUCACUCCCCACUGAGAAUCUGGAGAUUCAGCAGGAGACGGGCCAUGGAGACCGGAGGACUUGGCGGCCCCACCGCCCACUCGGAGGGCAGCAGCAGUGGCAGUGAGAGCUCCAGAGAUGGUUCGAGGUGCUCCACCCCCAGCCUGGAUCCCGAGCGGCAUGAGAGACUCCGGGAGAAGAUGAGGCGGAGGAUGGAAUCUGGUGACAAGUGGUUCUCCCUGGAAUUCUUCCCUCCUCGAACAGCCGAGGGAGCUGCCAACCUCAUCGCCAGGUUUGACCAGAUGGCAGCAGGUGGUCCCCUCUUCAUUGAUGUGACCUGGCACCCAGCAGGGGACCCUGGAUCAGACAAGGAGACCUCCUCCAUGAUGAUUGCCAGUACCGCUGUGAACUACUGUGGCCUGGAAACCAUUCUGCACAUGACCUGCUGCCGGCAGUGCCCGGAGGAGAUCACGGGCCAUCUGCACAAAGCCAAGCAGCUGGGCCUGAAGAACAUCUUGGCGCUGAGGGGAGACCCCAUAGGUGACCAGUGGGAAACUGAGGAGGGGGGCUUCAGCUAUGCUGCAGACCUCGUGAAGCACAUCCGAAGUGAGUUUGGGGACUACUUUGACAUCUGUGUGGCAGGUUACCCCAAAGGCCACCCAGACGCACAGAGCUUUGAGGACGACCUGAAGCACUUGAAGGAGAAGGUCUCGGCAGGCGCCGACUUCAUCAUCACCCAGCUCUUCUUCGAGGCCAACACCUUCUUCCACUUUGUCAAGGCCUGCACUGCAACGGGCAUCACCUGCCCCAUCCUCCCCGGGAUCUUCCCUAUUCAGGGCUACUCCUCCCUCCGGCAGCUCAUGAAGCUGUCCAAGCUGGAGGUGCCGCAGGAGAUCAAGGAUGUGAUCGAGCCCAUCAAAGACAACGAUGCUGCCAUCCGCAACUAUGGCAUCGAGCUGGCCGUGAGCCUGUGCCGGGAGCUUCUGGCCAGUGGCCUGGUGCCUGGCCUCCACUUCUACACUCUCAACCGCGAGGUGGCCACCACAGAGGUGCUAAAGCGCCUGGGCCUGUGGACUGAGGACCCCAGGCGUCCCCUGCCCUGGGCUAUCAGCGCCCACCCCAAGCGCCGGGAAGAAGAUGUGCGUCCCAUCUUUUGGGCUUCCAGACCAAAGAGCUACAUCUACCGCACCCAGGACUGGGAUGAGUUUCCCAAUGGCCGCUGGGGCAACUCGUCCUCGCCAGCCUUCGGGGAGCUGCGGGACUACUACCUCUUCUACCUGAAAAGCAAGUCCCCCCGGGAGGAGCUGCUGAAGAUGUGGGGGGAGGAGCUGUGCAGCGAGGAGAGCGUCUUCGAGGUCUUCGCACACUACCUCUCGGGGGAGCCAAACCGGCAUGGCCACAAGGUGACCUGCCUGCCCUGGAACGACGAGCCCCUGGCCGCCGAGACCAGCCUGAUGAGGGAGGAGCUGCUGCGCGUGAACCAGCGGGGCGUCCUCACCAUCAACUCCCAGCCCAACAUCAACGGGAAGCCGUCCUCUGACCCCGUCGUGGGCUGGGGCCCCAGCGGGGGCUAUGUCUUCCAAAAGGCCUACCUGGAGUUCUUCACUUCCCGCGAGACCGUGGAGGCCCUUCUGCAGGUGCUGAAGAAGUACGAGCUCCGGGUCCACUACCAUAUCGUGGACGUGAAGGGUGAGAAUGUCACCAACGCCCCUGAACUUCGGCCCAACGCGGUCACAUGGGGCAUCUUCCCUGGGCGGGAGAUCAUCCAGCCUACGGUGGUGGAUCCUGUCAGCUUCAUGUUCUGGAAGGAUGAGGCCUUCGCCCUGUGGAUCGAGAGGUGGGGCAAGCUAUAUGACGAGGAGUCCCCGUCCCGCAUGAUCAUCCAGUACAUCCACGACAACUACUUCCUGGUCAACCUGGUGGACAAUGAGUUCCCGCUGGACAACUGCCUGUGGCAGGUGGUAGAAGACACAUUCGAGCUGCUCAACAGGCCUGCGCAGAGCGAGAGGGAGUCAGAAGGUCUAUGACCUUGCGUCCUGACAGCCAUGGCUUGGCCACUGGUAUCCAGCCAUUCCCCCCCCCCACAUCCUGGCUCUCCUUUAUCCAAAGCCUGGGCCUCUUCACCCCGCUGAUGAUGGCGACUAGGCCGAUGUGAGGCUUCCAGGCUCUGGCUGGACCUGAGGCAGUGGCACAGGGGAGCCUGGUGCUCCCUGGUCCAGCCAGGGUCGGGGUCAGUCUCUCUGGUGAGAGCACUGCCACCCUGCAGGGGAGCACGGUGGUGCACACCACCUCCCUGAGGAAGCGGGAGACUGGUGGUUGCACCUGAGCCCUCACACCAGGGAGCCUGUGGAUCCGGCUGGGACUCCAGUGAACUUGUACUUGGGCCUGUGUAAGAUGGGCAGAGAGACCACGGGUGACAGGCACUGUGGCAUUGAGGACACUUGGCUAAGUGAAGGGGCUGCACCCUUGCACCUCUAGAUGCUGGCAGCAGCCCCACCUGUGAUUAUAGGGGAAGACCUCGCACAUGGCAGGCCACGCCAGGCCCUGGACAGCCUUGGCGGACCCCUGACGACCAGGCACUGCUGCUCUUGACCUCCUGCUGUUUGAAAGCCUCGUCUGUGUUCUGAGGGCUUGAGAAACAGUGCCCUUGAAGGGUUCAAGUCUGUCCUAACCCUUGUGCUUUCUGGGCCCGUUGCCUUCUCUCCUGUCCCACUGUCAGAGGCAAAGAUGAGACGCCUGAGCAGGC